GUCGCGCCUCGACAGGAAGUGACGAAUGUAGCCACGAGCGUGACGAACGGCUUGUACGAAAAUACAACAAGGAAGUGACCACUUAUUGUAAAGGAAAAUUAUCACCGGAUAAAACCCUGAUAAACCUGUCGUCAAGUCGGGGGUCGCUUCGCUCGGUUGUUGGGUCUCGGGGGGGGGGUAAAGUCACCGUGGACUUGCCCGUGAGCCCGUUUCUGAUCGUCUCGAGGGAUUCUGCUUUUUAGCCUGCUAGCUAGCGAUGAACACGGACGUGGAAUUUCACAUCAGGCAGAAUUAUCCAUGGACAAAGCUCCCAGCUAAUGUCAAACAGAGUUUGGGGAACUCUCAGCGUGAGUAUGAGAAACAUGUGCUGCUGUACAGCAUCCGCAACCAGCUUAGAUUCCGCAAUAACCUAGUGCGCCACGUGAGGAAGGAUGAGCGCAAGUAUUAUGAGGAGCUCCUGAAGUACAGCCGGGACCACCUGAUGCUGUACCCCUACCACCUGUCUGACAUCAUGGUCAAAGGGCUGCGAGUCACUCCAUUUUCAUAUUACAUAGGAAUCAUGGAGGAUAUUAUGAACAGUGAGAAGAGUUAUGACUCCUUGCCCAACUUCACUGCUGCUGACUGUCUGCGACUGCUUGGCAUCGGGAGAAACCAAUACAUAGACCUAAUGAACCAGUGCAGGUCUUCCAAAAAAUUCUUUCGCAGGAAAUCAGCGCGGGACCUGCUACCGGCCAAACCAGUGGAAAUCUCCGUGGAGCCAUGGUGGACUGCACACACGGGAUACAUCACCGAGGAUGAUAUCAGGAUCUGUUCUCCAGGAGAGAAGAAAGCCAUUGAUAAGAUGAUAGAUUCUGGUCCUCAGCUGGCUGGAACAACAGAGUACAAUGUGGUCUUAAGCUUGUACAACCGGGGUUUCAUCUACUUGGAUGUUCCAAUAUCUGAUGACAGCUGCAUAUCUGUGCCCCCGCUGGAAGGUUUUGUAAUGAACCGCGUCCAAGGCGAUUACUUUGAAACACUUCUCUACAAAAUAUUUGUGUCCAUUGAUGAGCAGACAAAUGUAGCAGAGCUGGCAAAUGUGUUGGAGAUUGACUUGGACUUGGUGAAGAAUGCAGUUUCCAUGUACUGUCGCCUUGGCUUUGCUGUAAAGAAAGGUCAGGUGAUCAGCUCAGACCAGCUCCACCCCACCUGGAAGAAUGCUCCAUCUCUCAACAGACUCAAGAGCACCAUGGACCCUCAGAAGAUGCUGCUGUCCUGGGAGCAGAGCAGUCCUGUAAUGGAAGGGGGCUCCUCGGCCACCGACACCGACACCACCAGUCUGGAGGACCAAGCAGACACAGGAAGUGUAAGCAGCCUGAGCAUCCCAGCUGCACCCACAAAGAGGAUUGCCUUCCUCUUUGACUCUACUCUCACAGCCUUCCUCAUGAUGGGCAACCUGUCUCCGAACCUAAAGAGUCAUGCUGUGACCAUGUUUGAGGUAGGUAAGCUGUCUGAUGAGACUCUGGACAGCUUCAUGGCUGAGUUAGAGAAGGUGGAGAGCACGGCAGAGGGCGAGGCCCAGCGUUACUUCGACCAUGCUCUGACUCUGAAAAACACCAUUCUUUUCUUGCGCUACAACAAAGAACUCACUCAAGACCAAGGACCUGAUAUCCCAAAUAUAGGUUUCCCCUUGGACAUGCUGCGAUGUGAGAGCCUGCUGGGUCUGGACCAGGCCACCUGCAGCCGUGUCCUCAACAAGAACUACAAACUGUUGGUUUCAAUGGCGCCACUCAGCAACGAGAUCAGACCCAUCAGCAGCUGCACGCCUCAGCACAUUGGACCGGCCAUCCCUGAGGUGAGCUCCAUCUGGUUCAAACUAUACCUGUACCAUGUGACCGGCCAAGGCCCGCCGUCUCUGCUGCUCUCCAAAGGCUCCAGACUCCGCAAACUGCCAGAGCUAUUCCAGGUCUACGACAGGUUGUUGAUCACCUCCUGGGGUCAUGACCCUGGGGUCGUGCCUACAUCCAACGUGCUGACCAUGCUCAAUGAUGCCCUCACACACUCUGCUGUUUUAAUCCAGGGUCACGGCAUGCAUGGCCAUGGAGAAACCGUUCACAUCCCAUUCCCCUUUGAUGCAGAAGAUCUGAAAGGAGAGUUCUCCUACUCCAACAUGUGUGUGCACAAGGCGCUGCAGAAGCUGAAGGAGAAUGUGGACUUGGAGCACCAGUGCGGCUACAUCACCAUGCUCAACUCCAACAACAGGCACCGUCGGAGGGCCAGUGACAGCACUGAGUGCAGAGGCGACACCCAUCUAGGUGGAGGCCUGGACACCAACGGCAGUACUGAGUCCUUUGAGCUUGUGACAGAAGAAAACAACGGUGAAAGCAAAGGAAAGACAGACAGCCUUUCAUCUGAAGAUGAGUGGGUCCCUCUCGAACUGUGCUUCGGUAUGCCCCUCUUCAGCUCCGAGCUAAACCGCAAAGUGUGUCAAAAAAUUGCCUCGCACAAACUGUGCUGCAACGAAAGCCUUCAAGAACUACUUCACUCGAGCCGAAAGCUAUCCCUGAAGGUGUUGAGCUUUGUUCAGUCAUUCCAGGAUGGCGUCCAGCCCUCUGACCUAGACAGUGGCGUCUCGAACCCUCUCAGUCAGCCCCCGGCGGAGUCCGGUGUCCCCCUGCCCGCCCUCAACCUCCUCUUCAAGGACGGGCAGUUGAGGGAGUGGAGCGGGCGGGCCCCUCCUCCUUUGGACAUCACAGCUCUGCAGAAGGACCAACCCUCAUAAGCCCCCCGCCCCCCCGAACACACACACACACCCCUCCCUCCUCAAAACAUCCAGAUUUGGUCACAAGGAAAAACCUCAUCUCAUUGAAAAAGACCACCCUUUCACUGAGGAAAUUGUCAUUCAAACUCUGCAUCUUGUCUUUCAGUAUCCAGUUGUUGGAAAAUUAGCCCCGCCAGCACUUCAUUCACCUUUCAAAUGAGGAAUCAGAGUUGAGUUGCCAACACUAGUUUGAACCCCCCCUAGCCGUUCCCCUCUGUGAUUCCUCAUAUUCUUAGCAAGGCAUUGUUAUCUGUUGGAGUGGUGCUAUUAUCACAGUAUAUAACAGUGAUGCAGGUCAACAGCAUAUCACCUGUCAGGCCAUUUAACUUGAAACACUUGCGCUGUUCUCCACCGACUAGCCCCCUACCUUCCCUUCAAUCACUGGAUGUUCUGUGAUCCUUGAAAGCGGAGUGUAAAGUGGUUAAUAAUUGUAUAGAUGUUCUAAAAUUGACCCAUAAAAUAAACAAAGUGUUGAACAGACAUCUGCAGGAAUCAUUUGACAAUAUGCAUUUUCUAGGACCAAGUUUUUUGUCUUCCCAAACAGAGUCCAGAUACAGACCCCGCUGCAUCCCUGUUGCUGUUGUCUCACGUUAAGUGAUCUGAUGCAUGACACUGUUGCACAACUCGUACCAUAAAAGAAUACUUUCCUACCUGUAGUCAAUUUUGAGGGCAUUUAUUAUUUGCACUGUGCAGGAUUUCUCCAAACCUGUGGAUGAAGUCAUGUAAUUUCUUUUAAAAAUGUUUGAUCCCUUUUAGUGCGCACAUGGUUUUAGAGCCAACUUUUUACCAUAAAUUGACCGGGUAUCAUAGAAACUUGAUUUUUUUUUUUUAUUAUUCUUUGUUAUCAUUCUUUCUCAGUAAAAGAGAACACCAAAGACCAUUUUUCUUUCUUGUAUGAUUAUUUUAAAUCUUUUGUUUUACUGUCCUUUUUAUUUUGCUGCCUUAUUGCUGUCAGCCAAUCAAAAACUACCAGGUCUUUGUUUGCUUAUCUUUUUUUCACCUUGUUUUUCUUCAGAUUUUAUGAAGGAUAUUGAUGAUAUUUGGAUGAGUGUUUGUUACCAAUCAAAUCCACAACAUUGGGCCGGAAACUACCAACCGAUGCCCAUGUUCAUGAAUUUGACAAGAUUAACCAAGUGUACCUAAUUGCAUAGAACUGGAACAGUCAAGUCUGUGUGUUUGACCCAGGUCUGUUGGCACCGAUGCCUGCCAGUAUCUCUCCCUGGAUCGACUCCAGUUUUGUGUGCAGUGCAGUGCAGUGCAGUGCACUCUUGGCCAGCCUGCCACACUCUCCAAGGGAUGCUGUUUACACCAUGUUUUGAAAAAUGGGGUUUGUAGUCUAGAGAGUAGAAGGCAACUUUGCUGUGAAGGCAGUCACAGACCCAUGGGAUGGAAAUUCUAAUGCUUUGCCCAGCGUUUCAGAGCUGUGAUGGCCCAAAAAGUCUGUCAUGAAUUUUCAGUGCAACUCCAAGAAUAUAGAGAAGUUUCUUUUUUUUAUUUGAAGGUAUCUGCCUCCUGCAGUUUUUGACCCAAUUGUGGUUGUUUCUAAUGAUGUGAUGCUGAAAUAGAA